CUUGUAAAGCAACAUUUCGGAAAUAAAAAGUAUAAAUUAAAAUGUUAUCGCUGCCGCAUGUAUUACGAAAUUUAAAACGUAAAAAGCAUUUGAUUAAAUAUUAAAUAAUGUGCAUAAUUAAAACGUUUGCGUAGUGCGUACUUUGCAAAACCGGCUUCCUGCGUUUAGUGAGUCAGUGAAUAUUUUAAAAAUAAAACGCUGAUACUUUCACGACAUUAAAAAAUGUUAGAAAAAGCUGAAAAACAUGUUUACGUGUCCUCUUUAUUUGGUGGUGCAGGUGCAGGCCUGGCUGUCGAUAUGGCUCUUUUUCCUCUGGACACAUUAAAAACACGUCUUCAAUCUUCGCAAGGAUUUCUGAAAGCGGGGGGUUUUAGAGGUGUUUAUAAGGGCAUAGGACCUCAAGUGAUAGGGAGUGCCCCACAAGCAGCCCUUUUCUUUCUCACGUAUGAUACUUUUAAGUAUUAUGUAGAACCGAGGGUCGAAUCUUAUGCUUUGCCACUAGUUCACAUGACUGCAGCAUCAGCUGGCGAAGUCGUGGCCUGCUUGAUUAGAGUUCCUAUGGAGGUGGUAAAGCAAAGAAGACAAACCUCCACGAAUAAAAAGCACACUUCCAGAAAAAUUUUGAUGCACGCUAUUAGAUCAGAAGGUGUGAUAAAAGGUUUAUAUAGGGGGUUUGGUUCGACUAUAUUCCGAGAAAUUCCAUUUUCUUUUAUACAAUUUCCGGUUUUGGAGUAUUUAAAAACCGUGUAUAGAGUGAAUUUUAAAAAUAACAUUCCUUUAGAAUCGUGGGAAGUGGCAAACUGUGGUGCGGUGGCUGGAGGGUUUGCCGCCGCUGUAACCACUCCUUUAGAUGUUGCCAAAACUCGAAUUAUGCUAGCUGAUAAAAAAACUGCGAUUAAUAUGAGAGUCAGGACUGUGUUGAAGCAAGUUUAUCAUGAGAAAGGAUUUAAAGGUCUUUUUGCUGGAUUUACACCCAGAGUUUUGUGGAUAACAAUUGGCGGCUAUAUAUUUUUUGGAACAUACGAUUUAUCAAAGAACUUUUGUAAUGAUUGUUUGUUAAACUCGGAUUUGGUCACCACUACGUGACAUUUUUGUUUACUCUUUUCACUAGUAACUGUUAUACUCAGUUUUUUUAUAGAUAUGUGCAUGGCCAUAUUAGUCCAGGAAAAUAUAAUAGCAAUAAAGUUUAAAUAUAUAAUUACAUACAUAUCUGUUGAGUUGGAUUUCACAGGUUUAAGUAAAAGUGCAAAAUAUAAAAAUAUGCUGUACGCGUAGCGCACGCUAAACGUAAA